CCUCAUGAAAUCGUAAGCUAUGGGGCUGCCAUACAAAUACACCAACCCUUACUCCCCUCGCAUGCCGUUUGGCUCUGCGGAAACCGAUCCCACCGCCGCGAACGACGACAUGGCUCCUGCAGACACGAAAGCAACCUUCAUGCGAAUACCUUGGAUCGCUCGUAAGAUCAAUCAACCUGGCAUCGUGUGUCGGGUAUCGAAUGGGCGAAUGCCGAAACCGGAUGGAGAAGAUUCAUUAUGGGCAGAGAUCCUCAAGACUCCGAGAACUAUACGAAGCACGAUAAGCUUCUAUAAGAAGCCGGAGAACGAUGAUGAUCCUGUACCAGAAGUCACAACUGUUUUGACUGUUGGAAAUGGCAUGAAUGGGCAUACGGACAUGAUACACGGCGGUAUCACAGCAACGAUAUUGGACGAAUGCAUGGGGAUAUGCCAGUCUAUCAACAUUGAAAGAACACACAUAGCCGCUGUAAAGCGUGGAAAAGCAUUUGGAGAGUUACCGCCGCAUGAUGUUACCGCCUUCACGAGAGAGCUGAAAAUCACCUAUCUUCUUCCAGUCCGCACACCUGGAGCCAUCAUGGUGACAACAAGACGGGUGAAGAAAGAGGGUAGGAAAGAAUGGCUUGCUGGCGAGCUUAAGCAAUGUACUGGCAAUGGUGAAGACGACGAUGGUGAAAUUGUUGUGUGUGCGACUGGCGAAGCGCUCUUCCUCGAACCAAGGCCGAGCAAGAUUUGAAGUACGAUAUCAUCUUCCAAACAGUGACUACUCAAGAGCAAGGCACAUGCUGCGGAGAGGAGUGAGAGUAUUCUACUUUGCUUGCUUUGCACUCGCAUACACCACACAGCAGUCACAACAUUGUCUUUAGAAACAUCACAACGCAUGUUUCCCGGCCAUAAAGAGGUGUUCCUAGAAGCACUGCGCAAGCAUGAAUCUGUAACAAGUCUUCAUCCGGUGUAUCCUGCUGGAAACUCAGGAACGAAUGAGAUGGCCUUACCUCAUAUCUACAGCAACGAGUGGGACGAACUCACCAGAUGUCUUCCUGACCAGGUGAGCUUCAGGUGAAGGGUCGAUUCAUGCAAGGGCACGACCCAGGGGUUCAUGGAAACUUUAAUCGCAUUUGUAAGUGAAAGCUAUUUUAUAGGCUUCGUCGGUACUGCCACUGGGACUUCAGGCCCGUCACCUUCG